UAUAACGCAUCAGACCUGUUUUUCUGCAAAUAGCGAGAUAUCAGUUUAUAUUAAACCCGUGCAUAUCGUAACGAUCUGAUGCGGAGGUUCGUGCGCGUGCGGCUUACGUAUUUCAUAAAAAAAUAAAACGCAGGAUGAGUCCUGCACGCGAAAUGUAGUUCCGGUGAAACUAGAAUCAUCGACGGGGAAGAUAUAUACGUCGCGGAAUCAAUAAAUCCAGCUGCCAGUCGUUCCCGCGCUUCGAUACUCGACGAAGGGAAAGCACGAGAGAUAGAAAAGAAAUAGGACGCGACCGGUUAACCGGGGGAGAAAGCUGGGAGGCUGCGAGGGUGGGACAAGAUAGAUGAAUGAAGGGGGCGGAAGGGAGGAUACGAGGGGUGCGCAUACGUGGGUAUACAUGUUGCUAGACGAAGAGGAUGCGAGCCUGGCGAUCCUCGGUUUACCGAGAACAGGAGAGAGAAAGGAUAAAAUAUGGGGAGGAUGAUGGGGUGUGAUUGAGGCUCGCGGUGGAGACGGAGGGAGAAAUUGGCGAAAAUAUGUGUACGCGCGUGCGUGAGUAGAGGGAUAGAAUAAGGGAAGCGGAUCGAGUGUACAAGAGAGGGAGAACGGAUAACCAGAGGGGAAAGACGAGAAGCUGAAGAAGGGACAGAAGACAGGCCGGAACUUCAGACGUCUACGGACCUGCCCGCGAACCUCGUUCCCUCCCUUUAAGUUUCGCACUAGUUUUUUUCGCGCUAUCAUUUCUCCCGUUAAAGUUAGGCCGCCCUCACCGCAAAAGGAUCCUGAUCACAAGAUCAGGAUGGUCCACGCCGCGUCCGAUGUCAACGAGAAGAGCUACAUCCUGGAUGCGAGAGAGAAUUUUGAGGAUGCCGGCAGCAUCGCAUCGGAAGAAUCCUAUGAUGACAUGAGACGAUUAGUUAGGGAUGAAGAAGUAGAAAAGUCCAGCAAAUUUAGCAGCCUGCCGCUUGCGAGUUUCAAUUUCAUCAAUUCCAUCAUCGGCAGCGGAGUUAUCGGAAUACCGUACGCUCUGCAUCAAGCCGGCUUCGGUCUCGGCAUCGCCCUGUUAAUUUUAGUAGCGGCGUUGACCGACUAUUCGUUAAUUCUCAUGGUGCGAAGCGGGCGUAUUUGCGGCGAGAUGAGCUACCAGGGUCUGAUGCGAGCGAGUUUCGGUCGUGCCGGUUUCUACAUUCUUACGAUAUUACAGUUACUGUAUCCGUUCAUAGCAAUGGUUUCAUACAAUGUCGUCGUCGGUGAUACAGUGACCAAGGUUCUAAUAAGAGUGACAGGGAUGGACGAGACGAACAUUCUCGCUCAUCGACAAGUCGUCAUCCUCCUGGCAACCUUAUGCAUCACCGUCCCGCUUUGUCUGUACAGAAACGUCGCGCGAUUAGCAAAAAUCUCCUUCCUCUCUCUAGUCUGCGUUGGAUUCAUUCUCCUCGCCAUCGCCAUCCGGAUGGGCACAAUGUCUGCCUUGGUUCCGAGUCAGAAGGACAGCUGGAGAUUCGCCAAUUUCCCGGGGAUCGUUCCGUCCAUCGGUAUAAUGGCGUUCGCCUUCAUGUGCCAUCACAAUACCUUCCUGAUUUACAGCUCAAUUGAAAGAGCGACCCAAGAGAAGUGGGAUAUCGUGACACAUUGGUCCCUCUUUACAUCUUUCCUGAUCGCCGCGGCUUUCGGAGUCGCCGGUUACGCGACUUUCACGUCAUAUGUUCAGGGCGAUCUCAUGGAGAAUUAUUGCUGGGACGACGAUCUGAUGAAUUUCGCCAGGGUGUUAUUUAGCGGCACCAUACUGCUUACCUUCCCUAUCGAAUGCUUCGUUACGCGCGAGGUACUCAUGACAGCAAUCAAAGGCACAGACGAAUUGGAAGGACACGAGGCUUACAUACCUAAUUCGGACCGCGAGUACCUGAUAAUCACCUUGACGAUAAUAUGCAUGGCAUACCUGAUCUCCAUGUUGACGGAUUGCCUCGGCAUCGUUCUCGAGUUGAACGGAAUCCUCGCCGCGGUGCCGCUAGCUUACAUUCUACCGGGUCUCUGUUAUCUCAAACUUGAGGAGGGGCCGAUCCUCUCGUCCAAGAAGCUUCCGGCGCUCGGGCUGAUGACCGCCGGUAUUAUGGCUGCACUAUCUGGCCUUUUACUGAUUAUAACCAACACUUGCUCUGGUACCUGCUUUCACGGCAAGGUAAUGCCGUAUUGCGUCGGCAAUUCGACGACGACGCUACCUCUUAACGCGACCACAAUGUCCACCGACGACUUCGUUCUCACGGAAUGCGGGAUCUAAAAUUAACGGACGAGUACAGUAAACCUUUAAUUGUUAGUCUGCCAAAUUGCCGAAUAAAAGUAUAAUAUGAUUAUAAAUGUCACAGGAUAAAUAACGCAGGCAUCGUUUAAAUUGUCAGAUGGAUAAAAUAAGAUGACACCACGUACACAGAUGAUACUAUGUAUAUGCAUGAUAAUGCCAAAUCGAAAAAUUGAGACUUGAUAUUGGCUCAUCAAUAUCCCACAUUUUGAUGCGAUAAAUUCGAAUACAUAAUUUCGAAAAUCUUGAAACGUGAAAUUUUAUAUGUCACCAACUUGCGAGAAAAAAAGUUUAAAGGUUUUACAAGAUUAAAUAAAGCAGGAUUUUAUCUAGGAAAAAAAUAUAUCAUUGAAAAAAUUAUAAUAUCGUCAUUGCACGGAAAAUAAAAUUGCGCAAAUCAGGUUUAAAGAGAAUAGCGACACUAUUGGGUUUAUAGAAAAUAGACGUUAUAUUGUAACGUCUUAAAUAGCUAAAUCUCACGUUAUGGAAACAAUUUAUGCUCCAAAAUAGACUUUAGUAUUAAAUAUGUGAGACGUAAAUUUAUAGAAAAAAGGAGUGUUAUUGUUUACGUUAAUA